UCCGCUCCGUUGGGGGUCUAGCGCUCUGCUGUGCUGUCCCCGCCUCUCCCCAGGCUCGCGCCCUCGGGGUAAGUAUCUCACACCUAGCGGGGACGGAGGGAGAGGGUCCGCCGAAGGGAAGAAGGAGGCAGACGGGGCUGGAAAAAAGGGGAAAACCGCCCUCGCGGAGCAAGGAGCGUGGCAACCGGGUUGGAGUCUGCAGAAGACACGCCUCCAUCUCUCACUCCUCUGGCUGCGGAAGUGCUCUGGAGACUGGAGCAGUACGGAGGCGACAGGUGGACUACCAUUCCCAGAAGGCGGCGCGGUGCUAAGCCUACUGCUCCCGGCAGCACCUGCGCGCUAGGCUUUUUUUACUUAGCUGCCGCCUGGGGCGAAACUACAUUUCCCAGGAGGCUUCGCGCGAGGCGGCUUGGAAGUGGGCAGCCUGGAAGUCACUCGGGCCACCGGAGCUGGCGGCGUCUCCAGCGAACGGCGCGGGGCCGGACGUCGGGGUCGUGGGGCCCGCGAGGCGGAUAGCCAGGACGCCCAGAUGCGCUGUCUUUGACAUCGGCCCCCCCGGGACCCUCGAGGAGCACUAGAGUCCAGGGCGCACGGAGGCAUGGCACCCCUGCAGCCUGCCGGCCCGCGGCCCCAUCUGCUGUGCGCUCUGCCCCGCUGAGCCCCUCAGGCUGGCGUCCCCGGGACACCUGCCUCCUGAGGUGGCCCUGGCUCGGUUUCCCACAGCGAUGGUGGAGAAUUGGACCCCACAGACUCACAGCCUUCCUGUCAGGCUUCAGGAGCCAGCUUCCUUCAUCCUGGGACUGGCAGCCCUGAACAAUGGCUGAGGGCCAGAGGACCCUAAAGUGACUGCACAGCUUACAGGGGCCAGUAGCAUUCCAGUGCCUGUGGACUAUGACCACUUAUCGGCCCAUUCCCAGUGAUGGUGUGGACCUGACAGCCAGCUGUGGGGCCAGGGGAGCCGACGUCCUCCCUGGGCCGCACACGGGGGACUAUGCCCCCAUGGGAUUCUGGGUCCAGAACGGCGGCAUGCCUCAGCCUGUCGGUGAGAGCCCAGCCACCGCCACCACCCGCCCCAGUCCCACCACCCCUGCAGUGCCCAAGAUGGGCGUGCGUGCAAGAGUGGCCGACUGGCCACCCAAGAGGGAGGCCCUGAGAGAGCAGAACAACCCAAGCCCCUCACAGGACACAGAUGGCACAAAGGCCACAAAGGUGGCCCAUCCCAUGAGGGACAUACAGAAUGGACAGCCGCCCGCCAGCACCCCAGCUUCCUCAGGGUCCAAAGCCUUCCACCGACUCUCCAGGAGAAGGUCCAAAGAUGUGGAAUUCCAGGAUGGGUGGCCCCGGUCCCCCGGCAGGGCCUUCCUCCCGCUGCGGCACCGCAGCAGCAGUGAGAUCACGCUCAGCGAGUGUGAUGUGGAGGACGUGGGCGAGCCUCGGGGGUGCCGGUUCGCAGGGGCCCUGCCCCUCUUCCGCGAGUACGGGAGCACAUCCUCCAUCGAUGUGCAGGGCAUGCCUGAGCAGAGCUUCUUUGACAUUCUCAACGAGUUCCGGAACGAGCAGCCCGAGGUCCGGGGCUCCCAGCACCUCGCCGAGCUCCUCCAGGCCGAUUCCAGCCCGCACCUCUCAGGGGGCAUCAGCGGAGCCAAGGGGGACCUCCGCAACGAGCAGCCCACCAGGGACAGCCUCUUCCCACCCGGGAAGGACAAGGAGAGGGCCCGCAAGAAGCCUGUGCGGGGUCUGGGCAGUGGGGACACAGUGGACUCGUCCAUCUUCCGGAAGCUGAGGAGCAGUAAACCGGAAGGUGACACGGGCCGGUCCCCAGGGGAGGCAGAGGAAGGGCGGAGCCCCCCGGAGGCCAGCAGGCCGUGGGUCUGCCAGAAGAGCUUCGCCCACUUCGAUGUGCAGAGCAUGCUGUUCGACCUGCACGAGGCGGCCGCCAACAGGGUGUCCACGGCCCAGAGGCGGAACACCACCACGGGCGCCUCGGCCGCCUCGGCCAUGGAGUCCCUCACCGCGUCGCGGGCCCACGGCCUCGGGGGCCUGGACCCCGCCUUCGCCAGCAUGGAGGACUUGAACUGCAAGGAGAACCUGGAGCAGGACCUGGGCGACGACAACAGCAACGACCUGCUGCUCAGCUGCCCGCACUUUCGCAACGAGAUUGGCGGCGAGUGCGAGCGCAACGUGAGCUUCUCCCGGGCCUCGGCCGGCUCCCCGGGCGGCAGUGAGAGCCGCCUGGCCGAGCCCGCCCUCAGCUCCUACCGCACCAACGCCAGCAUCUCGGUGCUGGAGGUGCCCAAGGAGCAGCAGAGGACGCAGAGCCGCCCGCGGCAGUACAGCAUCGAGCACGUGGACCUGGGCGCCCGCUACUACCAGGACUACUUCGUGGGCAAAGAGCAUGCCAAUUACUUUGGCGUGGAUGAGAAGCUAGGGCCGGUGGCCGUGAGCAUCAAGCGGGAGAAGCUGGAGGACCACAAGGACCAUGGGCCUCAGUACCAGUACAGGAUCAUCUUCCGGACCCGCGAGCUCGUCACCCUGCGGGGCUCCAUCCUGGAGGAUGCCACCCCCACAGCCACGAAACAUGGGACGGGGCGAGGCCUACCCCUGAAGGAUGCCCUGGAGUAUGUCCUUCCCGAACUUAACAUCCACUGCCUGCGGCUGGCUCUCAACACUCCCAAGGUGACGGAGCAGCUGCUGAAGCUCGACGAGCAAGGGCUCUGCCGGAAGCACAAAGUGGGCAUCCUGUACUGCAGGGCGGGCCAGAGCUCGGAGGAGGAGAUGUACAACAACGAGGAGGCCGGCCCCGCCUUCGAGGAGUUCCUCUCCCUGCUGGGCGAGAAGGUCUGCCUGAAGGGCUUCACCAAGUACGCCGCCCAGCUGGAUGUCAAGACCGACUCCACGGGAACCCACUCCCUCUACACCACGUUCCAGGACUACGAGAUCAUGUUCCAUGUCUCCACCCUGCUCCCUUACACCCCCAACAACAGGCAGCAGCUUCUACGGAAGAGGCACAUCGGAAACGACAUUGUGACCAUCAUCUUCCAGGAGCCGGGGGCGCUGCCUUUCACCCCCAAGAACAUCCGCUCCCACUUCCAGCACGUUUUCAUCAUUGUCCGAGCCCACAACCCCUGCACUGACAACGUCUGCUACAGUAUGGCUGUGACCCGAUCCAAAGACGCGCCUCCUUUUGGCCCCCCCAUCCCCAAUGGGACCACGUUCCGCAAGUCUGACGUCUUCAGAGACUUUUUAUUGGCCAAGGUGAUCAAUGCAGAGAAUGCCGCACACAAGUCUGACAAGUUCCGCACCAUGGCCACCAGGACGCGCCAAGAGUACCUCAAAGACCUGGCUGAGAACUGUGUCUCCAACACACCCAUCGAUUCCACUGGCAAGUUCAACCUCAUCUCCCUGACCUCCAAGAAGAAGGAGAAGACCAAAGCCCGGGCAGGGGCCGAGCAGCACAGCGCAGGGGCCAUCGCCUGGAGGGUGGCGGCUCAGGACUACGGCCAGGGGGUGGAAAUCGACUGCAUUCUGGGAAUUUCCAAUGAGUUUGUGGUGCUCCUGGACCUGCGCACCAAGGAGGUGGUAUUUAACUGCUACUGUGGGGAUGUCAUUGGCUGGACCCCAGACUCCUCAAUGCUAAAAAUCUUCUAUGGACGAGGAGACCACAUCUCCCUCCGGGCCACAGAGGGCUCGGUGGAGGACAUAAGGGACAUCGUCCAGAGACUGAAGGUGAUGACCAACGGCUGGGAGACGGUGGACAUGACCCUGCGGAGGAACGGGCUCGGGCAGCUGGGCUUCCACGUGAAGUACGACGGGACCGUGGCUGAGGUGGAAGACUAUGGGUUUGCCUGGCAGGCUGGCCUCCGGCAAGGCAGCCGGCUGGUGGAGAUCUGCAAGGUGGCCGUGGUCACACUGACCCACGACCAGAUGAUCGACCUGCUGCGCACCUCUGUCACCGUCAAGGUGGUCAUCAUUCCCCCCUUCGACGAUGGCACCCCCCGGAGGGGGUGGCCAGAGACCUACGACAUGAAUGCCUCGGAGCCCAAGCCUGAGCCGGACAACAUGCCCCCUGGGGGCCGGCCCCCCUACCGCAGCAAUGCGCCCUGGCAGUGGAGUGGGCCCGCCUCCCACAACUCUCUACCCGCCUCCAAGUGGGCCGCUCCCGCUACCCCCGGCCACGUUCAGUCCCUGAGCCGGCCCCCAAAGCAGAUCCCCAUGGUCCCCUUUCGGGAGUCCCAGCCCCUGCACAGCAAGAGGCCUGUUAGCUUCCCAGAAACCCCUUACCCAGCAUCACCAGCAGGGGUCGACAAAGCCCCUCCCUACCGACAGCCUUCUGGGAGCUUCUCCACCCCUGGCUCAGCCACCUACGCCAGAUACAAGCCAUCUCCGGAAAGGUAUGCGGCCGCCCCACACCCACUGCUGUCUUUUGAUCCCCACUUCGGCCACGAUGGGACAUCCAGCGGGGACUCCUCCUCGGGGGGCCUGACCAGCCAGGAGAGCACGAUGGAGCGUCAGAAGCCAGAGCCUCUGUGGCAUGUGCCCGCCCAGGCCCGGCUCUCAGCCCUGGCUGGAAGCAGCGGGAGCAAACACAGCGCCAGGCAGGACGCAGCAGGCAAAGACUCCCCCAACAGGCAUUCCAAAGGAGAACCUCAGUACUCCAGUCACUCCAGCAGCAAUACCCUGUCCAGCAACGCAUCCAGCAGCCACAGCGACGACCGCUGGUUCGAUCCCCUGGACCCUCUGGAGCCAGAGCAAGACCCUCUCUCCAAGGGCGGAUCCAGCGACAGUGGCAUUGACACCACCCUCUACACUUCCAGCCCCAGCUGCAUGUCACUGGCCAAGGCACCUCGACCAGCCAAGCCACACAAGCCCCCAGGAAGUAUUGGCCUUUGCGGAGGUGGGCACGAGGCCACCGGGCGUUCCCACCAUGCAGACAGGCGACGGGAGGUCUCGCCCGCCCCUGUGCUUGCUGGCCAGAGCAAGGCCUACCGACCAAAGCUGUACAACUCGGGCUCCAGCACCCCCACAGGCCUGGCAGGGGGCAGUCGCAACCCACCCAGACAGACCAGUGACAUGAACUCAAGGGCGGGCUACCCUGCUCAGGGUUACAAACCCACCAGUGCAGAGACUCCUCGGCCUUCGCAGCUGGCCCAGUCCAGCCCCUUCCAGCUCUCUGCCUCUGUCCCCAAGUCCUUCUUCUCCAAGCAGCCUGUGCACAACAAACACCCGACGGGGUGGAAGAGAACAGACGAGCCGCCACCACGGCCACUCCCCUUCACUGACCCAAAGAAGCAGGUGGACACCAAUACGAAAAACGUCUUUGGGCAGCCACGGUUGAGGGCGUCCCUCCGCGACCUCCGCUCCCCACGGAAGAACUAUAAGUCCACCAUCGAGGACGACCUGAAGAAGCUCAUCAUCAUGGACAACCUGGCGCCGGACCAGGAGAGGGACACAGGACAGCAGUCGCCACAGAAGAGCCUUCAGCGGACGCUGUCUGACGAGAGCCUGUGCAGUGGGCGGCGGGAGCCCAGCUUUGCCAACUCCGCCGGCCUGGAGGCGGGCCUGCCCAGCGACGUGCUCUUCACCAGCACCUGCGCCUUCCCGUCCAGCACGCUGCCCGCCCGCCGCCAGCACCAGCACCAGCACCAGCACGCACCCGGCGGCGGCAGCCCCAGCACCGUCCCUGCGGCUGGCAAUGGCUUCCCGGAGAAGAAAUCCAUCAUCUCGGCCUCUGAGCUCUCCCUGGCCGACGGGCGGGACCGGCCACUCCGACGCCUCGACCCCGGGAUGAUGCCACUGCCUGACACAGCUGCUGGCCUCGAGUGGUCCAGCCUGGUAAACGCAGCCAAGGCGUACGAAGUGCAAAGGGCCGUGUCCCUCUUCUCUCUCAGCGACCCAGCUCUGAGCCCAGACAUGCCACCCGCACACAGCCCUGCCCACAGCCACCUGAGCCUGGAGAGGGGCUCCCUAACUCCCAGGACCACCCCAACCAUGAGCGAGGAGCCAGCGCUGGACCUGACAGGCAAGGUGUACCAGCUGGAGGUGAUGCUGAAGCAGCUGCACACGGACCUCCAGAAGGAGAAGCAGGACAAGGCGGUGCUGCAGUCGGAGGUGGCCAGUCUGCGGCAGAACAACCAGCGGCUGCAGGAGGAGUCCCAGGCCGCCAGCGAGCAGCUGCGCAAGUUCGCAGAGAUCUUCUGCAGGGAGAAGAAGGAACUCUGAGCUGCAGGGCCGGCCGCCGCCACCUCCCCGCUCUCCUGUCACCUAGCUCAGCCCCUGGCUCGGGCGUGACCAAGAUAACCAGCCAGGGCCCCACCGCACUCCCCUUGGACACAGAGACCUGAGGGCUGGGGUCUGCUCGUGGGUCUCAGGCCUCCUUCUGAACUGCUCGCCUCCAGACCCUGCAGGCUGGGCCCAGCCCACACCGCCCCCAGGGGCCCGUCCUCCACCCACCCAGCCUCUCCUAGGACCAAGCCAUCGAAGCUGUGGGAAGGACACGGGAGGGCAGAGUGAGUCUCCAGACCCCACAGCUCCAGGAGCUCACCAACAAGUCUCUUCACCACGUGCAAGCGCUGGGGCGUGUGGGGCCCAGCCCCUGCAUGAGAAACCAGGUGACAAGGGCCCCUCGCCCCGCCCAGAAGGUCAGGGCCUGUGUGGAGACCGGCCAGGGCUCUCCCUGCGCUCUCGCGAAGCAUGGACGUCGUCCCGCCCAGCCCCACGUGUCCAAAACAGCCAGGAGCACUUUCUUGGGGCUUCGGUUACUUCUGGGGGUCCCGGGACGGAGAGGGGACACUCCAGUAUCCAGAGGCAACUGCUUUGAGAGGAAAACUGUUUGCACACUGUUUAUAUAGUUUUUCUAUCAGCCCCUCGGCCACCAGAGGCCCUAGACCCCCCGCCCCUCCACCUCCGACAAGCUGCCGCCCACUGGGCCCCGCGGCAGAGCUACCCCAGCCCGGCCCUGACCACGCGCCACGUCCUCUUCCUGGCUGGGGAGAAACAGCCUCAUCUCUCUGCUUUUGUUUUCUCCUUGCGAGUCCCCCGGCCCCUCCUGCAGCCCCCGCAGCAGCGGAGACGGGCACCCUCACUGUGCGCCCUGGGGAGCCUUUGCUGCGCGAACCCCACGAGCUGCUCUCUCCAAAGGCAAUAAGGGGCAGCUGGCCGGGCAGCGAGCCGGUGCGGUACUAAGCUGUUCACCCAGGAAACAGUUUCUCUUCCUCCUUUGAAAACAAACAAGAUAUAUAUAUAUAUAUAUUUAUUUUUUCAUGUAGAGUUGCGCCAGAGCACGUCUGUAUGGCCACGAUCUGUGGAUUCCCCCAACCUCACGCUGCGGCUCGAGGCAUGUCCCCCAUGGGCUGGUGCUCGGCAGGAGGACUAGAGGGACACAGUCCGGGGGGGCUGGCCCGGGUCUUCCCUUCUUGGGAGGCGCCAGACCAGGGGAGUUGGCACAGGCCUGGCAGCCAGAGCCGGGAGGCUCAGUCCUUGUUUGGAGACCUCACCGCCUUCUCUUUGGGGCCAGAAACCUCAGGGUAGGGGGCACUGGGGCCUACCCAGGAGGGAGGGACACCGGGCGUGUCCCCUGCAGUCAGCCCCUGGCCCCUGGCACCGCAGUGCUGUGACCGAGCCUGACACCUGCCCCCUCGCCCGCCGCGGUAUGAGACGCGGCUGCAGGCGGGCCUGCUGGGCCCUCACCUGGCCAACUACUGUGAUGUCGCCCCUGUUUCCAGAUCCUGUUUGGACGGGUUCUCCAAGGCCACCCCCUUCCUCAGACCCCAGCUUGGAGCCCGUGCCUCCCCCUUUAAGUUGUCACCUCAUCUUCAGAUCAUUCUAAUCAUUUGGGGACCUAAUCGUGUACAUUGACAAGUGUAAAUUAUGAUUUUUGGUUUUGUUUUCUGUUAUUUUUUAAGGAUCUCUGUGAAACAAAUCUAUUUAAUUUGAAGCUGGUGUUCUAUCUGAUGACUAAAGAUAGCAAGCGGCGGGUUUUGUUUUUUUUAUAUGAUUUGUUUCAUUUGGAUUUUUUA